CAAAAAGCCAUGAGAAGUAGUGAUGUCAAUUUUUUACUAUAUUGGCCCGGAAUUGACCCGUGGACCAUUAGUUUGGAACUGUUGGUCAUAGUUCUAGGCCGAACCGGAACUGGAACCGAAAAUGGGUGGAAAUGGAACCGGCAGCAUCGAGUAUUAUUAUAUGUGGGUUUCUUUUGUAUUUUGAGGUGAACAGGAGGAUACUCUGCUUUUGCACUUAGAAUCAGUUUGUUUACUUGCCUUGCUUCCUCAACUUAUGUCUGAUUCUUUUUCUCCGCCUUUGAUUGGUAAGCUACCAUAUUUUCUUCUUCACUUCACUUUCGCACCAAUCCUCAGCCACCACAAUGUCCCACCACAAUGAGACAAAUCCACACUUUCUCCCCCGUCAACGCGAUUCGAUCAUCGAGUUUCCCUCACGCACGCCACCACCUCGCUCCAGGCCGCCGUCACGCCACCGUGGCCAUGCUCCGGUUGUGGUUGAAGCGCCGCCUCAUGUCCACCCCACACCUCGUUCUCCCCCUACGCAAGUUGCUCCACCGCCUCAUGGCCACCCUACACAGCACACUGCACCUCAUGUCCCCCCUACGCACGGUGCUCCACCGCCUCAUGGCCACCCUCCACCAUCUCAUGGCGGAACAUCGCCCCACCAUCCGGCCCAUGUUAAGCCCGUGGCACCCUUUGUCGCUGAGGUACCGCACCAAGAAUCCAGACCCCAUUCUGAUUCUCAUACGCGUCCUCAGCACGGAAGAGGCGGCCGCCACCCUGGUUUCAUCCACCCCCCAACAUCCCAACGGACCAGGCCGUUAACCUGGCUGGUGGCAGCAUUCUGUAUGCUCUUCUGGAUAUUGGUGAUUGUGGGAGGCCUGAUUGUCCUCAUCGUGUACUUGGUGUUCCGGCCGCGCAGCCCUUGGUUUGACAUCUCAACUGCCACCAUCAACGCGGCGUACCUAGACAUGGGCUACCUGCUGAAUGCGGACGUGACGGUGCUGGCCAACUUCAGCAACCCCAACAGCAAGGUGAAGGUGGAUUUCAGCUACGUGAUCUUGGAUCUCUACUAUGACAACAACUACCUCACCACGAGUUACAUCAAGCCGUUUGCAGUGAUGAGGGGCGAGUCGAGGUUUGCCGACGUGCACAUGGUGGGUAGCCAGGUGAAGCUGUCGAGUAAGCAUAGCAUGCAGCUGCAGAAACAGAUAGAAGAAGGAAGAGUGAACCUUGAGAUUAAAGGAUUGUUUAGAGCUAGGUCUAAAUUAGGAGGCAUUUUCCACUACUCCUAUUGGAUGUAUGCGCAUUGCCAACUCGUCGUCACCGGCCCUCCCACCGGAGUUUUGCUCAGGAAAAAGUGUGUUACUAAGAGGUGAACAAGUGCGGCCAUUUUGAAUGUCUUGCCUUCACACUUAUUUUUCUUGUCAUUUCUGGUUUAUUUAUCCAUUGUUUUAGUCUUGAAUAUUUAAAUGUGAGUUUUGAUCGAUUCAUUCUUUUCUA